AUGAGUGGGCAAAAUCUGACAGUUUCAUGUUCGGAAGGUUCACUGGGGAAUUUACACCUGCAAUUGACAUUUCUGUUGGUUUUAAAUAUUUUCCUCGCCAUUGUAACCAUCUUGGGGAACAAGCUGAUUCUUGUUGCUCUACACCAUGAGUCUUCCCUUCAUCCGCCGUCCAAACUCUUGCUUCGUGGUCUGGCCACCACUGAUCUUUGCGUCGGACUAAUCUCCCAGCCUGUUUGUGUUGCCUUUUGGGUCUCAAUUGUAGUCAAAAACUGGACCAUUUGUCGAUACUCGAGAAUGUUGCGUUUUAUCCUGGGUUACCUUCUAGGUUCUGUGUCUUUGUUGACGUUGACUGCAAUCAGUGUUGAUCGACUACUCGCUUUGUUAUUAGGGUUGCGAUACAGACAGGUUGUAACCUUAAAGCGAACAUACUUGAUUUUAGCUGUCAUUUGGGUAAUUUCAACUUUCGCUGCGGUAAUCUCACUUUGGAACGACCUUAUCACAACAUGGUAUGGCUACAUUGGAAUAUCACUGUGUUUAGUUAUCUCAUCGUUUUCGUACUCAAUCAUUUUCUGGAAACUCCGCCAACAUCAAACUCAAUCGCAUGUACAGACAAAUGCGGAGACAAGUCCACUGAACGUCACGCGAUAUAAAAGGGCAGUCACUAGUGCGUUGUGGCUGCAGUUGGCUUUAAUAACUUGCUAUCUACCAUAUGAAAUUACCGAUAUUAUAUACAAUCUGAAAGAUCUCACCCCAUCAGUUUUUCUCGCUGCUCAAUGUGGGAUCAUUUUAAUCUACUUAAAUUCAGCACUGAAUCCCAUUCUUUAUUGCUGGAAGAUCGCUGAGGUG